ACAAAUUUGAAUCAAAUAUUUUUCCCCGAUCUCUCCAUCUAAACGCCGAUUUUAUAUAUUAACCGACGAAUCGUAGCGGCGGAGCAACCGAGCAAGGGAGAAUGGCUACCCGUGCAAUAUCUCAGGAGGCAUUCGACGAUCUCGUAAGGGAAAACGUGGAAGAUCUAGGAAUGGAACCUUCCGAAGCUCUCGAAGACGCUCUCCACACACUCAAGCUCCAAGGCGUCGAUCUCUCCGGGAUCAUUACUUGUGUUCCAGGAGAAAGUAGCGUCAGGGACAACCCUGUGAUCGCGUGUUUAGAUAGGCUCAAAGAGCUCGACACUGUUACUCUACUUCGAGACGAGGAUUUGGAUGAGAUUUCGAGUUUGUUAGUCAAGCUCAACGAGCUUUGUAGCAGCGGUCAAGAGUCAGGGAACGUGGCGAUUGCUACGAAACAUGGCGCCGUGGAGCUGAUAACAUGCUCGAUUUGUUCCAAAAUCAAGAUAGGCACUAGAAGUGAUUCCAUUGUUGUUCCGUGUUUGCAAGCUUUGGCUGUUUUGAUCCAUGACAUUCAGAGCACAGAGGCGUUCAGGAAUGCUUCUGGACCGAGGAUUGUAGUGGAUCUCUUGAGAGACUCCAGCUCGGAUUCCGAUUCUUUAGAUGCUGGUUUUGCUGUUGUUGCUGCUGCAGCGACUGGUAACGAAGUUGUGAAAGAGCUAUUCAUGGAGCUGAAGGUCGAUGAACUUAUCCUGAAAGUGCUGAAUCGGGAGAGUAAAACCACGAUUAGAGCUUUGUAUGAUGCCAUUCGUGUUCUUUUGACCCCAGACGACAACCGUGUGGUUGCUUCCCAAGUUUAUGGCUAUGCCCGGACUUUUGCCAAAUUAGGUAUUGCAAAGGCCCUCACUGAAGCAUUACAGGCAGGGAUUGGCUCCGAUAGCUUGGUAUCGGCAAGUAUUGCGUUAAAAUCAAUCGCUGUAAACGAUGAAAUAUGUAAAUCUAUUGCUGAAAGUGGUGGAAUAGACACACUUCUUCGAUGUAUUGAUGAUAGUGGUGAACAAGGCAACAAGACUGCUGCGAAGACAUGCUGUUCCCUCUUGUCCAAGUUGGCAGGAAGUGACUCUAACAAGAGUACCAUAGUUGAGAAGCGGGGUCUAGACAAGUUAAUCAAACUCGCACAACGGUUCUCGGAUGAUCCUCUAGUCAUACAAGAGGUCAUGUCGAUAAUCUCUAUAAUCUGUCUGAGAUCACCAGACCACGCAGCCAGUGCUAUAGAAGCUGGAGCUGGUGAUCUGGCAAUCCAAGCUAUGAAGAGGUUCCCAGCAGCGGCUCAAAUGCAGAGAAACGCUUGCAACAUGAUACGGAACAUUGCUGUGAGAAAUGCAGAGAACAGAAAAAUCCUGCUUGCCAAUGGAAUUGAGAAGCUGAUAAGGAAUGCUAAGGCCAACAAUGAGAUAUGCAGAGCCUCUGCAACUGAUGCACUGAGAGACCUUGGCCUUGAUAACUACAAUAGCUAAGGCCUAUGCUACAUUCAAAUUGGGUAGGAAGCAUUCCAAGUUUCCAACUUAAAACUUUUGCGUCGAUUGCAUUGUUGGAAUAGCUGAUCAUGUAGUAAAAUGGGAACAUUUUUUUUUUGUGCUCUACUUUUCUUGUUUUGUUAAAGUCUCUUGUAUGCUGUCACCAACCUCCUUCUCUCUAGAAGAGUGUAUUCGGAAUUAUUAUGUACGGAGAUAUGUUUUAUAAGAUUAAAAAAAUAUUGCGUCA